AUGAUUGAGGCCAAGCUCAACCACCUCUACCGCCGCCAAUGGGAUUGGCAGGUUACUCCCAGCCACGGCUACACCACGCGCAGUGACCAGAUCACCCUCGCCCUCAACAAGCUCGUCGUCGACAUCACCGAGCCGAUCCUCGACCCCAAGGCGGUCGCGGUCCUCGACAUGGCCUGGAUCCUUGUUGUCGGGCUUCCUGACAUUGCCCGGUCCGAGCGUGUUAUCCGCAACAUGUCUCAGAUUCUCGGCAAGGUGGUGGUGGUCGACGAGCUGUCCCUUUGCAAGGAGGAAGAGGUCCGGGUCAAAGUCAAGUGCCUCGACUCCUCCAAGCUGCAUGCCAUAGUUAGAGUCUUCUUCAACGACCAGGGCUUCGACCUCUGCAUCGCUCCCGAGCCGCCCAACCAUGUGAGUCGACUGCGCUACCUCGACGGCGGCCCCUCCGGGCCCCACGACAACUACCGCGGCAGCCACCACCCCCACUCGCACCGCUCCAAUGAGGAGGGGUCGGAUGACAGCCCCUCCCGCUCCCCCUCGCCGGCUCCUUCGGCUCCGUCGUCGAGCCGGGGUGGUCGGCAAGCCAGGCUCGCCGAGCUGCCCCUCUCCGCCCCGCCGGCCCAGGCCUCGGAGGGGAGUGACGCCUCUAGCGUCGGCCUGAUUGUCGUCCCCGCUUCCUCGCCACGCUCCCCUGCAGACCUCUCCUCCGUCGAGCCAGGCCUGGGAGAUGAGUUGGUUCCCUCCUCGGCCUCGCCAGGACCCAUCGCGGGCAGCUCCUCUCCGGCCUCCCUCCCCAAUGCGUCGCUUGGAGCUGCCGCGGCCCCCCCUCCGAGCUCGCUCCCUACUGCGACGGUCCCCGCGGGUGCCAUCCCACCUCCGGCAGCGGGCCCUCCUCCGUCUCCGCUGCCAGUGGUGGCCCUGGUGCCUCCCACCUCCGACCCUGCGCCGCCUUCUCUGACCCCGGCUCCUCGGCUCCUCGACUGUCCUGGGCUAGCGCUCCAGCUCGCCCCCGCGACGAACCCCGACGCGGAUGGGGAGACCCAGGUGACCACCCCGGUGGCCUCCCAGCUCCCCCCCCCCUCUGUGGUUUGUUGCCUACUCCCGCCGCGGCCGAUCUUCCUCCUCCCCGGUGACGGCCUCCCGCCGUACCGUACCGUGCGGCACGGCGCUGCCCGGCCGGACGGCAGCCCGGCUCUGUCCAUCCCCGAGCGGGGGAGCUCUGGGAUGCUACCCGGAAUCUGGAGCCAGUGGGAGGUUAUCAUCGUCUACGACCUGGCAGACCAUAGUAGGUCUGCCUCCUUCCUCGAGGAGCUCCUCCAGAAGGUUUUGGCCGCCACCCUACCGGUGGUUGUCGGGGGCGAUUUUAACCUCCUCCGAUUCGCGGAAGACAAGAGAAAUGCACAUGUCAACUUUGCACGGAUGCAAAUGUUUAAUGAUUGCAUUGCUGAUCUUGGUCUUCACGAGAUAGAUAGGAUUUGUGCCAGGUUUACCUGGACCAAUCGCCAGGCAUCCCCGACCCAGUCCGUCCUGGACCGGGUCCUAGUCUCCCUAGAAUGGGACCUCUGCUGCCCCCUGGCUUCCCUCCGGGAUAUCACCCGGAUUGGCUCCGACCACGUCCCCCUCCUCCUAUCCUCCGCCGACGAGCGCCCUCCGAUUCCCCCUCGCUUCCGGUUCGAGACAUUUUGGCUGUCCCAAACCGGCUUUAUUUAG